AUGUCUGUCAUCUACAAGCGCACCGAGCGCGAGCGCGACUGGGAGACUAGCUCAUCGCGUGGAGGAGCAGGAGCAGGAGGAGGAGCAGGCGGCAGCGUCGGCGGCUAUACUACUGUAAGGCGCUACAAGGUUCCCGACCACAGCCUGGAAGAAGAUACCUACGAGUCUGAAAUGCGACUCGUGCACCGCGGGCGCAACGACUACGAAGAGCGCCGCUCGACCAAAGAAUACGUCGUGGACCGAGACGACCGUGAAGUUCGCGAGUACCGCUAUGUUGACCGUUCUCCAUCGCCGCGGAAUCGCGACGUUCGCGAGUACCGUAUCGAGCGCGAAAUAGAACGCUCGCCAUCACCCGCGACGGUCCGCGAGAUUCGCAUUUCACGAGACUACGAACGCGAACGGGAGAUUCCCAGAGAACCGCCGUUUGAGCUGGAGAGGUACUCGAGAUCCACCGAGUACUUCCGCCCUGAGCAACCUCCGCCCCCACCCCAGCCCCUGCCUCAACAGCAGCAACAGCCUAUCAUCAUUCGCAACGAAGCUCCGCAGCCCAUCAUCUUCCGCGAGGAAGCACCCCAACCCAUUAUUAUUAGGGAGCGAGAACCAGCCUACGAGCUUAUUGAGCGUGCCGAGGUAACAGAAGACAGACAGGUUGCUCGACCGCGCCAUGACGAGGACUAUUACUACGAGCGUCGAGUCAAGGAAGUGGACCGAGCCGGCCGUCAAGACGAACGAUACUUUGACGAGCGCGAGUACGGCCGCGAACGCUACGAUGAUAGGAAUUACUAUAGCGACGACGAUGUCGUCUACAUUCAUAAAGAGAAGGAUACAUGGGGCGGAAGCGAAACCCACACGAAACGAGACAUCGCCGCCGGUGCCCUUGCUGGAGUAGCUGCUGGCCAGAUUGUCAGGCAUCACCGGAAGAGGAAGGGUGAGGCCGCUGGAGGCAACAUCGGCAACGCACUCGGAUACGGAACGCUAGGCGCAGUGAGUGCCGUCGCUCUCGACAAGUUCAACAACCGUGAUAGAUCUCGAUCUCUUUCCUCGGAGCGCGGUAGGGUAAAGAGUCACAAGUCCCGCCAUCGCAGCAAGUCGCGAGUCAAGGAGCUGGGCACGCUUGCUGCUAUUGCAGGUGUCGGGGCUCUUGCCUACGCUGCGGGGCGGAAGAACAAGACCAAGAACAUUGACACUACUACUGUCGUUGAGAAGAGGACCCACCGGAGCCGCUCGCGCUCUAGGAGAGGAAGACAUAGGUCCAGGUCCAAGUCUGUUACUGUUGUCGAGUCUGACGGGGGCAGGUCUCGAAGUAGGAGUAAGCACAGGUCUCGCAGCAGGAGUAAGCACACAGACCCCGAACAUCGCAGCCAACGAACAGCACAAGUCGGCCUUGCCAGUGCUGCCGUGGCUGGUCUUGUUCAGCGCCAACGAAGCAAAUCCCGAAAACGUGAGGGCAAGCGAUCGCCGAGCCGAGUUCGACAGGGCAUCCCAAUCGCUGCUGCUGGUGCCGCCGGCGCAGCUGUUGCUGGACUCUAUGAGAAACGCAAGGCUAAGAAGGAAGUUAGGGCGGCAUCGCGAUCCAAGUCAAGGUCGCGCUCAAGAUCAAGGUCAGUGCUCUCCCGCCUUACUGGCCGCAGCCGUAGUAGGCGUGGAAGCACAGUGAGUGAACCUGUUUUAGUAGAGUACGGUGGUGAUCCAAUCUAUACCGAUCCUGCGUCGAGAAGCCGCUCGCGGCGCAGGCGGCGACGAGGCUCGUCCUCUUCUUCGGACGGCCGACGCGGUAAACACGGUAGUAGCCGAAGUCGAAGCCGAAGCAAGAGUCGCGCACGAUCCGUAGCAGAGACUGCCGCAGUUGCUGGUGUUGCUGGCCUGGCUGCUCACGAGGCAGCGAAACGCCGCGACCGUAAGAAGGCCGAGAAGGAGGAGAGGGAACGUGAACGACGACGCGAGGACGACUCCGCCUACUCAACUGGCACCUAUAGUCCUGGCUAUGACAGCCCGCAGCCAUCCACUGUCCAUCCCAAUGACUCUCGCUACUUUCCCGAAACAAACUACUUCCCCCCUCCCCCGACAGCACCCGCAGACCACAACCCCAAUGCCCCUUACCCGCCCUACAACCCAGCAGACUACCCACCGGGGCCACAGAGCAACUACGGUCCCCCAUCAAACGCAGGUUACGUCAACCCACCGCCACACGAGGAUAUGAAUCCCGGAAACCCAUACGCACCCCAACACCAGCACCAUGAUCCCUACUAUGGCCAGCCUCGUCGUCCCGAUGACAAUGUGAGUGCUUCUGCCCCUGUACAUUCUGGCAACGAGCACAUAACUUUCGCUUCUGCGCGUGAUCGUAUAAAUGAGCCAGAGACUCCGAGCCCACUACAAUCAAAGGAGAAGACUGUGCAGUUCGAUUUGAAUCCGCAAGAGGAGCCGUCGCGAGAGUCUUCUCCAGAAAGAGAACAUAAAAGCGGCGACGAACGAGGCGAGAGACACAGACGGCGCAAGGACGAUGAGCGGUCGAAUAGCUCAAAGGACUCGGGUAGAGAUCGCAAACGACACCGUCGUGAUGAUUCUCCGGGCUCAGAUGUGUCGGAUGCUACAGUUGAUCUUCCACCGCGCUUUGAUGAGCUUGGGCGUAGGAGGGGCGACGACCCGGUCGCGGACAAGCUUGAGAAGGUUUUGGCGACUUUGUUUCGAUAA